UGCGCUUCCGCGCCGUACCGUUUAGUCGACAGAGAUUUGUUAACGCGCUCGGUUCGUCGGUUAAUAGGACAGCUCGAUAUUUAAUAAGUGAAGUGAUGCCAAGUGUUCUACUGCCUCAAUAAGAAUUUGGUUAAAUCACAUCACAAGUGUUUGGCGACGUGCUAAGCAUUAUGCACUCCUUCUAUGCAUUAUUCAUAUUUUGCAAUAUAUUUGCAAGCAUUCGAACUGAAGCCGGUGAAUUUGAGAAACUAGUUAUACCGGCGACCUAUGCCAAGCGAGAUCUGAGCAGCGAUGGCAACAGCAGCGCCAGCAGCCACUCGGUGUCCGCCCGCUCCUACCUGGGCCAGUCGGCUGGCGCCUCGGAGUGCGCCUUUGGCACCGAGUGCACGCCCCUGCACGACUGCACGGCCAUGAUCUACGAGGUGGCCAAGAACUGUUAUUACGGCGACAAGUCGUUGUAUUGUGGCGGCGGCGAGGAGAUGCCCUACGUGUGCUGUCCAAGCAGUCCGCUGGAGAAGAAUCAGGUGUGCGGCAAGUCGCUGGUGCAGGGGCAUUUCUACCGGGGACUCGGCUCGUAUCCGUUUGUGGCGCGCGUGGGCUUUAAGCAUGUCAACACGGGCGCCUUUGCCUAUCCCUGCGCUGGCUCGAUCAUUGCGCGACGCGUCAUCCUAACGGCCGCCCAUUGUGCACUGGCCAAAGCCGAUGGCCAUCGACUCUCAUCGGUGCGCGUUGGCGAGUACGACACCUCCAGUGAUCCGGACUGCGCCAGCACUGGCUUCUGUGCACCGCGCUCAGUGAAUCAUGCCAUUAGCCAUGUGAUUGUGCAUCCCGACUACAAGCAAGGCCAAUAUCAUCAUGACAUUGCGCUGCUGGUGCUCAAAACGCCGCUCAAUUACUCGGUGGCCACCCAGCCGAUCUGUUUGCAAAAGACACGCGCCAAUCUGGUCGUGGGCAAACGGGCGACCAUCGCCGGCUGGGGCAAGAUGUCCACGUCGAGCAUACGCCAGCCGGAGAUGUCGCAUCUGGACGUGCCGCUGACCAGCUGGGAUCUCUGUCUACGCAACUAUGGCUCCACGGGCGCCCUCGAAUCACCCAACUCCAUCGAGGGCCAAUGGAUGUGCGCCGGCGGCGAGGGCAAAGACGUAUGCCAAGGCUUUGGCGGUGCGCCACUCUUCAUUCAGGAGAACAAUAUCUUCUCACAGAUCGGCAUCAUGUCCUUUGGCUCGGAUAAUUGCGGCGGGCUGCGCAUACCCAGCGUCUACACGAGCUUGGUUUACUUCCAGGAAUGGAUACAUGACAAUACGCCGCCAGAGUAGACACAGCUACUGUUCAUAAUUUUCCUAAGCUAAGCUUAACUUUUAAA